CUGUCUUAAAAUUCUACUACACCUUUCAAGUUUAAAGUUCUUAUCAAAUGGCUAAUCUCUUAUUCUUGCUGCCUAUUUUAGCUCUUUCACUUUCACCUGUCUUUGUAGCUUAUGCUAGUACUCUACAAGAUUUUUGCGUCACAAACCCAAUAGGCCAAGGGAAUUCAGUAUGCAAGGAUCCUAAACUUGUCGAGGCAAAUGACUUCUUCUUUAGUGGUCUUCACAUAGCAGGCAACACUACAAACCCUGCUGGAUCUAAAGUAACUCCAGUCUUUGCAUCUCAGCUACCAGGAUUGAACACACUAGGGAUCUCAUUGGCUCGUGUCGAUAUAGCACCAUGGGGAGUUAACCCUCCCCAUACGCAUCCUCGUGCUACUGAAAUAUUCACUGUUCUAGAAGGCACCGUAGAAGUUGGAUUUAUCACUUCAAACCCAGAAAACCACCACUUCUGGAAAGUCCUACAUAAAGGAGAUGUGUUUGUGUUUCCUGUUGGACUCAUUCACUAUCAAAGAAAUAUCGGAUAUGAUAACGUUGUUGCGAUUGCAGCUCUCAAUAGUCAAAAUGCAGGAGCUAUCACUAUCGGCAAUGCAGUGUUUGGGGCUACACCAAAUAUAGCUAGUGAAGUGCUCGUUAAGGCUUUUCAAUUGGACAAGAACACCAUCAAUUAUUUGCACUCAAAGUUUUAG